CAACAAUUGUCAGUGUUAAUAUUAACUUGUAUAAUGCGGAAAGUACCAAAUAUUCUUUUUCGGAGCAAAUAACAAAAGUAAAUGGAUCGGUUUAAAUUAAUGGUGGUGUUUCAAAUCGGUGUUUUUGGAAUUAUCGUGCUUAAAUGCCCUGAAGUAGAAGGUCAGUGCCGGAUCUUUCCGAAUUCCACCCAAGUAUGCAUGUGCCACUGUGAAGAUAACUGCAGACAGGGCUGUCAGACAUGUGACCUAGGCUGGAGUGGAUCAAAAUGGCUCAAUUGUCAAAAAGAAAACAUAAUGUUAGGGAGACCCACAAUUCAAGAGAAUUCUUACGCUAGCUCAUUUAAUUCCGGAAAAGCAGUUGACGGUAGGAUAGAGACCUUCAGUAAAGUACAGGAGAGGGAACAUAGUGUGUGGUGGAGAGUUCGCCUGAAAAGAUACCAAACCAUCACUGAUAUCAACAUAACGAUGGACACAGUUAGCGAUGCUCAAUACAUGGUGUAUGUCACGGACGAGUCGCUAGUAAAUAACAACUACUCCCUCUGUGCCUCAAAGGGAGCAUCUACCACAGAGCAAAGGAAUUUUGUGUUAAGUUGUUCGCGGGCAUUAACAGGCAAAAUAAUAGAAAUCCACGCACCCCCGCACAUUCCUUUGAAGAUUUAUGAAGUCAGUUUAAUGUCGUGUGCCUUCGGUACCUAUGGAGAAGACUGCAAUCGUCUCUGUCCCAGCGAGUGCCAUAAUACUUGUAACAAAGACAGCGGACAAUGCGACCAAUGCCCGGUGGGCUUCACGGGUGAAUUUUGUAAUGUGACGUGUUCCAAAUUUUGCGGAGCCAAUGGAUGCGACAAAACAAACGGACAAUGUUUCCAAUGUGAUCAUCGACUUUGGAGCCAAGACUGUACUAGGUUUUGCCCUAAGGGCUGUAAUUCAUGUCAAAGAGAAACAGGGCACUGUAGAGAUUGUUAUUCCGGAUAUAUUUAUAAUGGAACAACAUGUGUGCAAUGCCCAGCUAGGUUUCAUGGGGAAUCAUGCACCUUGUCUUGUGGAUCCAAUUGUAAAGCUGGUCUUUGUGACCAUGAAAAUGGUCGAUGCAUUGACUGUAAGCAUGGAUAUUUCGGAGACCAUUGCUAUGAAAACUGUUCAGAAAAAUGUCUGAAUUUUUCUUGCUCCGCUACAACAGGGCAUUGUUCACAUUGCGAGAUUGGACACCAUGGUGAACAAUGUACUCGAUGCGACAGGGGAUAUUUUGGGGAAGGAUGUAAGAGCACAUGCAAUUAUUGCAAAUUAAGAGUAUGUAACAAUGUCAAUGGCACAUGCUUUGAAUGCGAGAAAGGUAAAUACGGCUCUUUCUGUAACCAGACGUGUUCUUCGCAAUGCGCAAACAGGACAUGUCACAGGAAUGGAGAAUGUGUAUCCUGUAGAAAUGGAAGAUAUGGUUUACAAUGUGAACUACUUUGUCCGCCCAUAAAAUGUUCAGCUUGUGACAAGGAAAGCGGAGUUUGUUUGGAAUGUCAUUUAGGGCGGUACGGCAGUGAAUGUACAGAAUACUGUCCGUCUGAAUGCCGUAAUGGGUGUCUUAUCAAUAACGGAAGCUGUGAAAACAAAGCUGUGACCACUUUUCCAUCUAAAAUCAGCGAUACUCCAAAGUUCAAAAAUGGGAUGCAGAACUUUUUGAUAUUGGCAGGAACCACAAUUUUAAUUGUAUUUUCCAUAGUAUUCCUCACAAAAAUUUGUAAAAUGCAGAAAGAAAGACAAAUAUCAACGCGAGCCUCAACCCACUACAGGGGGGUAUCCUCAAUAAUUGAGAACUCUUCAGUCAAUCGUUAUCACUCCCUCAUUGAAGAAAACCCGUAUGAAAACGUCACCAUGGAAAACCAGACGAUAGAAGCAUCGGACUAUGCAAACGAAGGCGCAUGCGCUACCACCACCGACGACCUAAUAGAUAAACAUGUGUUUGCAGAAAAACCUUUUAAAAAGUACGGCAGAUUUGUGUCUUUUGACGACGAGGCUCCAAGACGUCAGGAAAGUCGAGAUUCCGCGAGCUCUACUCCCUAUGAAUCCAUUGUUAUAAAAGAUGACUCCAUGUCAGUGUCCUUUACUAAGUAUUGACUG